AUGGAGCUGCGCGGCGUGCCGCGGUCGUGGCGCUACGGGCUGCUGCUGGGCGCCUACCUGCUCUUCCUCCUGCUGGGCGCCGCCGUGCUGGUGGCCCUCGAGGGCCCGCCGGAGGAAGCGCUGCGCCGGGAGCUGCGCGCCGCCCGCGCCAGCCUGCUGACCGAGCACCGCGCCUGCCUCUCGGCGCCGCAGCUGGAGCGCCUGCUGGAGCGCCUCGUGGCCGCCGGCAGCUACGGCGUGUCCGGGCUGGGCAACGUCUCCGGCGACGAGAACUGGGAGUUCACCUCGGCGCUCUUCUUCACCGCCAGCGUGCUCACCACCACCGGUUACGGCCACACGGUGCCUCUCUCAGAUGGGGGCAAAAUAUUCUGCAUCUUGUACUCACUUCUGGGGAUCCCAAUGACGUUGCUGCUUCUGGCUUGUCUGCUCCAGCACCUGCUGCCCUUUGUGAGCUAUCGGCCCGUUCUGUACAUCCACACGCGCUGGGGUUUCUCGUUGCCCCAUGUUGCCCUGGCACAUGCCGCAGGGCUUGGACUGGCCACCCUCGGACUCUUCAUCCUGAUCCCAGCUGUCUGUUUCUGGGCUCUGGAGGACAACUGGAACUUCCUGGAAUCUGUUUAUUUCUGCUUUAUCUCACUCAGCACCAUUGGCCUAGGGGACUACGUACCCAAGGGAAGUUCCCAGCCACCUCUGCAUGAGCUGUAUGAGCUCAGCAUCACCUGCUAUCUACUUGUGGGUCUGCUGGCCAUGAUCCUGACUCUUGAGACCGCAUACAAGCUGCGGGAAGUCCGUGCUUUCAUCCGCUUCUUCGCCCCUGCCCGUGACACUCCCGGGGAGGAUGAUGACCAGGUGGAAAUUCUGGGCAGGGACCAGUUUGCUUUGGACACUGUGUCUGGGGCACCUCCCCCAGACAUGCCCAUGGAAAAAGAAACCACUUGACGAUUCCUCCGCAGAGGCGAGCAACCUCCCCAACGCCAACGGCAGCCUCACUCCCUUUCAGUAGGCGGUUCCUGGAUUCCCCUCUCCCAGGGAAAAAAACUUUUGGCUGUGGAGACACAAAGCAGCCAUGUGGGCAGGGAAAAUUGAUGGGGAAGCGGUGGGACAACUUGACAUAAUUCCAGAAAAAAAGCCGUUGGAUCCUGCUCUGAUUGCAAAACCCAACUCUGUAUAGUGAGAUGCGUGGAGAGCUUGUUCUUCCAUGGUAGGCAAGAUGCUCUUUGCCCAUGCUCAGUACCAAAGUAGGAUACUUCACAUUUCCAGGCUAACCCCUGGCAGUUUUUUAAAAAAAUUUAUUCCAGAGCCCGAGAGGAAGCUUGGCGCCAGAUACCUAGUUUGGGCCAGCAGAUGUCCCUGUUGCCCCUUGCCAUAUCUUAGCAAAUGAAAACAACUAUUCUAGUUGAGUGCUGCACAGGAGAGUUGUUCAGCUCUGACUUGGGCCUCCAAGAAUCUUGGGGUGGUUGCUGGCUCAGCUGCUGGCAGAAUUUUGGACGCUCCAAAAAUGUACACUCCCUUGCUUCAGACACACUUGACACUGAGACACAACAGAUCCAUAUUUUUUCCCAACUGUGUCACAUAUCUGAACAUCCCAAUGCUUUAGCAACGUGAACCCUGGGGAUCCCAGGGCUGAAUUGGGACAUAGGAUUUUUCUCACACUACAGAUGCUAAUUUUAUGCACUUCACACCUCUGUUCUAUCAACUUAAUUACAACAUUUAUUAUAGCUAGCUACCUAUCUAAUUUGCAAUAUGCCUCCCACCCUGUACCUGGAUUUUAAAGACUCCUCACUUUUUCUGCUCCACGUUUGACGAAGGGAGCUCUGAUUCUUGAAAGCUCACACCCUGGAAACCUAGUUGGUCUCUAAGGUGCUACUGGACCCAAUUCUUGCUCUUCUACUACAGACAAACACGGCUACUCACCUAAAACUACCCUGGAAAACGUUAUUGGUCUUUAAGUACUAUGGGACUUGAUUUUGUUUCCGAUAUCCUCUUGCGCUAGAUAUACUAGGGACUGAACUUUGCAGUGUGAGUAAAAAGAUGUGUAGAAGAGGGCUGGGGGCGGGGCGGGGGAUGUACCUUGCACUUGCUCCAGAAUGUUAUAAACUGUUAAGGGCCAGGACAGGCCAAAUCUCCCAUUUUCCUUUUUUCCGUGUCCUGUGGAGGGCAGUGAGCAUGCUCGGUCCUUAUCAAGCCAUUUCUUGGGGUAAUUUACAAACUAGUUUUUUCCUACUUACCUGGGGAGCUCCCCAAAUAUACAGACAGCAAGUUGGUGAGUGGUCUGUCUUUGCUGCCCUGCUGACAGGCAUACAGACAUCAAAUCUGCUCUUAAAAAGAAUUACAGCAUAGAGUCUGGAUGACUUUAUAGCCACUUAGGGGUAAAAAAGUCUCCUGUAUUGGAGGCAGGGCUCAUUUCGAGGGGGAACACGCUGGAACACAGUUCCGGCAGUUCCCCAAAGGUCACGUGUCAGGUGGCCCCUCCCACCUGACUCUCAGCCAUUUGGGGUCUGUUUUGUCCUGGAUUGGGGCUGAAACGGCCCGGAUCAAGCUGAUGGGUGGUAGAUUACUCUCCUGUUCAGCAGUGGCCCAAUCCUGACCAUUUUGGGCCCCUUUUCAGCCAUUUUCAGCCCCUUUUGCCAUUUUGGGCCCAAUUUCAGCCCUGAAUGGCCAGGAUUGGUUCCAAAGCAGCCAGGAUAGGUGAUGUCAGGGGGUGUGUCAUAUGCAAAUCACUUAUGCUAAUGACACAUUUCUGGUGAUGUCAAAGGGCAUGGCAUAUGCUAAUGAGUUAUGCUAAUAAGUUCCUCCAGCUCUUUUUCUACGAAAUGACACCCGAUUGGAGGACUAUCCUGAGAAGCCAGUGAGAUUCCUGAUCCAUUGGGGGCAAUAUUAAUAAUAUGUCCCGAAUCAUUUGUAUUAUUUGCACAGCCUAGAUGUCCUUUUUUGAAUGCAUGCAUACACAUGUGCAUCCACACACACACAUUUCCUUUUCCAUUCAAGCUGAACUUUCUCUUCCCUCACAGAAGCAACACUGUUUGUCAGCAUCCUAUUGCUGACAUCUCCUUGAGUUGCUGCAAUAUUCUGAAACAUGACAUAACAGUGCAGGGGUCAACCACCUUUUGUGAGAGCCAACGCACAUCAAAAUUCAGAGAGCGACAAAGACCCAGCAUAAGAAAAUCCAUGUAGACAAUUGAAAAUAAACAACUUACCAUGACUGAUCACUGAUGUGGGUUAAUAAACCAUAAAAUUUCUGAAGCCCAAAUGAUGAUUGUU